GCGGCGGCUCCUCCCGCCGCUGGGGAAAGGAGAGAGGCCUGGGCUAGACGGCGGCCUGGGAGAGCCGGUCCCUCCCCCCCCCCACCUGAGGGGAGGGAGUGGGGCGGGGGCACGAAUGAGGGAGGCCGCCUUGGACAGAGGGAGCUCGGGGGCCCGGAGGCUUCGGGCCUAUGAGACCUUCGCUCUGUGGGGGCAGGGAGGCCUGGGCUCGCCGCUCCCGCGGUGCGAGGGAAGAUGAAGAGGGCCCGGCUGGGCCUCUCCCCCCGUAGCGCGCUGGGGGAUCCGCGGCUGAGCAGAGCCUCCGCGCCAGGGGCCUUGCGUCGCACCCCGGCGAGCCCCUGCCGGGCGGGGCCCCCCCGGAAGCUCGUUAACUGGCUCUCGGGAUGAAACGCCGCUCCCGGUGGCGCUGUUAAUGCUGCGGGCAGGGAUGCCCGCGCCGACCUGGGGUUGGCGCAUCCCUUGGCCUUCAGGCCUGCUCCGAGGUCCUGGAAACGUUACUGACCAAAUACGUCUCCCGUUGAAAACGUGGUUUAGCCUGUUGGAUGUGUACGUGGUGGCGUGUGUGCAUUGGUGGUGGGGAGAGCCUUCGCUGAGGGUGGACCACGGGCACUGCCAGUUAUUCCUGCUUGUUGUUGUUGCCACGGGGGUUACAUGAAAUGAAGAGCAUUGGUCAGUUUACGGUAGAACAUCAUUUGGGUUGCAGUGGUCUGUGAUCCAGAAGAUUUAAAAAAACCAAAACCAUGAGCAAAACGUUGGGCUAGGGCCUACUCCCAUUGGAGUCAGCUAUAGUGGAUUCAGGCCCUUUGUCAAAAUACAGUUAACCAUAAUGGGUCUGGCCUGUUCCUGCAAGGUGCUGAGCGCUCCGCUCAUAUGGGUGUUGGAUGUUCUUAGUGCCUUCAAGAAUUGGGCCUAAUAUUCAGUUGUGUCCUGUGUUUGUUAAUAAACUGGAGAUGGAUAGAACUGAAUAGUUUAUCACAUAUUAUAGCAUGUGAGAGGUAGGAAGGAGGGUCAGGGACCUAGAUAAUAUUGAGUUCUAGUGGUCUAAAAUGAUGCCAGUAUAUGCAGAUUUUUAAAAGUUAAUUCUGUUUAAAAUCUUUGGUUUUUUCCUUAAAAUAUCUGGAGGGAGAUGUUUUCAUAUUUGAUGCCAUCUCAUGUGUUUUCAUAGUAAGGAGAGAAUAUAUGAGUGCUAAAUAGAGCAUCUGUUGGGUCUGGAGUGUUCCAAUUGAAAUCCCAGAUCUGUAUAGAAGUACCAGGAAAUAAAAUAUUGAACACUCACAAAAGUCCCUUUUUUCUUUUCUUUGUCUUUAUGGGGUUGAUGAUAAUUGUUCAAAAGAUAACUAAGAAUAUGAAGUAUGCAUUUUAGGAAUUAAAAAGAGUUUUUAAAUGACAGUAGCUUUUUAUCUAAUUGUGCACCAGUAAUUAAAUGCAUUAUAUAUCAUAGGCAGGCUUUAUAGAAAGAGGUCAUUUAAAACAUGUACUCUCUGGUUAAUAAUUGAUUAAAAAUAUAUACUACUGUGACAAGAUGACAGAGAAGAUAUAAAGUCAAUUUCAUGUACUUUAUUUGAAUGACAUCGGUGCAGAAAGUUCUCCCCUUGGGAAAUAUUGUAAAUUUCUUGAUCCCUUCAAUUUUUUUUUUACUCUAGACUAAUAAUAAUAAUUAAAAAAAAAAGGUGAUCAAGUAACCCAGCACAUUUUAUUUUAUUACCAACAUUUCUGGUCCCAGAACAAGUUAGGUAUAUGAUGAAUGGAAGGUUUCAUUGGUUCAUGAGUUACUCUAUCUGUUCCAUAAACUGAGAGUUUGUUUACUAAAUGUGAACAUCAUUUAGUACAUCCAGACUAUUUUACAACAUUUCUCUGAAAGAAAAUUAUAUUUUUCUUAUAUUUUAGAAUUCAUAUAAGCUCUCUUUAGCAAAUAGGAAGGGUAAAUAAGAAAGGUUUAAAAUGGCAAGCAAAAUGAUCAACUCUGAUGCAAAGAUUACUUAGAGAAAACAACACUCUAAGAUUAGUGUUUAACAGAAAAGGCAUAGUUUAUCAUUCUAGUUAUAUCUUUUUUUUAUAUUACCAUAAUACCCAAGCCCCUUGCACUUAUUAAUUAAUUCUCAUGCUGCCCUGUCAGAUGUCAGAUUAUCCCUAUAUUACAGAUGGAGAAACUGAGGCACAGAAUGAAAUGGCUUGCCUAACAUCAUACUAAAUUUCUGAUGGGGGCCAGGAACAGAACAGCUUAAACACAAGACUGUCCCAAGGAGAAAAUAAGAAAUUUCUUCAAGCAGCAUCUUGAUGGAUCCCUCUAGAGUUAUAAUAUUGUAAAACUGUUCAUCCCAUUUCAUUUUAUGGCAUUUGUAAAGGAUGUACAUGAAGAUUCCAUUACAGUUGCAUUUGAAAACAACUGGCAGCCAGAGAGACAAAUUCCAUUCCAUGAUGUGAGGUUUCCACCACCUGCAGGCUAUAAUAAAGAUAUAAAUGAAAGUGAUGAAGUAGAGGUUUAUUCCAGAGCAAAUGAAAAAGAACCAUGUUGCUGGUGGCUGGCUAAAGUGAGAAUGAUAAAGGGUGAGUUUUAUGUAAUAGAAUAUGCAGCCUGUGAUGCUACAUACAAUGAAAUUGUCACAAUUGAGCGUUUAAGAUCUGUGAAUCCCAACAAACCUGCAACAAAAGAUACUUUUCACAAGAUCAAACUGGAAGUGCCAGAAGAUUUAAGGCAAAUGUGUGCCAAAGAGUCUGCACACAAAGACUUCAAAAAGGCAGUUGGAGCAUUUUCUGUAAUAUAUGAUUCUGAAAACUAUCAGCUUAUCAUUUUGUCCAUCAAUGAAGUAACAACAAAGCGAGCAAAUAUGCUGAUUGAUAUGCACUUUCGAAGUCUUCGCACCAAGUUAUCUCUGAUAUUGAGGAAUGAAGAAGCUAGUAAACAGCUAGAGAGCUCAAGGCAGCUUGCAUCGCGAUUUCAUGAACAGUUUGUUGUACGUGAAGACCUAAUGGGUCUGGCCAUUGGCACUCAUGGUGCUAAUAUUCAGCAAGCCAGAAAAGUACCUGGUGUGACUGCUAUUGAUCUUGAUGAAGACACCUGCACAUUCCAUAUUUAUGGAGAGGAUCAAGAUGCAGUGAAAAAGGCAAGAAGCUACCUUGAAUUUGCUGAAGAUGUUAUACAAGUACCAAGAAACCUAGUAGGAAAAGUAAUAGGAAAAAAUGGAAAACUGAUUCAAGAGAUAGUGGACAAAUCGGGUGUUGUGAGAGUGAGAAUUGAAGCUGAAAACGAUAAAAAUAUUCCACAAGAAGAGGGAAUGGUACCAUUUGUAUUUGUGGGAACCAAGGACAGCAUCACUAACGCAACUGUGCUUUUAGAUUAUCACCUAAAUUAUUUAAAGGAGGUAGACCAACUACGUUUGGAAAGAUUGCAGAUCGAUGAACAGCUCCGACAGAUUGGAGCUACUUCUAGACCACCACCAAAUCGUACUGACAAGGAAAAAGGAUAUAUGACUGAUGAUGGUCCAGGACUUGGGCGAGGUAGUCGACCCUACAGAAACAGAGGGCACAGCAGACGUGGUCCAGGCUAUGCUUCAGGAACUAACUCUGAGGCAUCAAAUGCUUCUGAAACAGAAUCUGAUCACAGAGAUGAGCUUAGUGAUUGGUCGUUAGCCCCAGCAGAAGAAGAACGAGACAAUUACCUUCGCAGAGGAGAUGGACGAAGACGUGGAGGUGGCGCACGAGGCCAAGGCGGGCGGGGUCGUGGAGGUUUCAAAGGAAAUGAUGAACAGUCACGAACAGAUAACCGUCAACGUAAUUCAAGAGAUUCUAAAGGGAGAACAGCAGAUGGAUCUCUUCAGAUCAGAAUUGACUGCAAUAAUGAAAGGAGCGUCCACGCUAAAACAUUACAGAAUACCUCCAAUGAAGGUAGUCGGCUGCGCACGGGUAAAGAUCGUAAUCAGAAGAAAGAGAAAUCAGACAGUGUGGAUGGUCAGCAACCAUUGGUGAAUGGAGUACCCUAAACUGCAUAAUUCUAAAGUCAUAUUUCCUAUACUGUUUCAGUGAUUCUUAUUCCACGUUAGAGAAACUUGUUAGGCCAAAGACAAAUAGUAGGCAAAAUGGCGCAGGGCAUGAAAUGAACAUAAAAGUUCUGUUAGCCUUUUUUAACAUCAGCAGUAUGCAGUUGUUUUCAGAAUAAGAAGUUAUACAAAUAUUUGCAUAAAAAUAUCUGAACUUCUGAAAAAUGCUUUCAAGUACAUCUUGCACUUCAAACAAUGAGAUUCUUUUCGUUUGUUUUAAAAAUACUGAGCUGUGCAUUGGUAUACUUUUUGUUCAGUUGUACCAUUUUAACGCAUUGGGUCAAAAAUCACUGCUCAAUUUCAAUUUUCAGAAUAAAUAGUGUUUGCAGUAAUAAAUUGGGCUUCUGUUUUCAAUCUAACUUACAAGUUCUUCAUGAAAUGCUAUGUCGUUUUAUGUCCUGUGUCAGUUCACAUUUUGGUCCACUUUUUCAGUAUUUUAGUGGACUCUGAAAUAUGUGUGAUGUAACAAUUGUCAUUUUCAUUAGCAAAAAAAGUUGUAUGAUCUGUGCCUUUUUUAUAUCUUGGCAGGUAGGAAUAUUAUAUUUGGAUGCAGAAAUCAGGGAAGAUGAGUUGGAAACACUAAAUGUAAAAUAUAUGUAGCAAACCUUGUCAGACAUUAGUACUUUAUAGAAGAAUGCAUGCUUUCCAUAAUUUUUUCCUUACAUAAGCAUCAGGUUAGGCAGUUAUAAGAAUAGGAGAUUUUUUUUGCACUGAAGAUUUGGCAAAUAGUGUUAUUGAGACGGGGUGUAAUUUUUUUGUAGACAGUACAAGAAGUUUAAAAAAAAAUCUUUCCAUUUCUGGGAAACUAAAAAUUCAUCGUUACUGAGGGAACAAAAGUAACUUGUUCACAAGCUAGUAAUGUGUGCCUGCUUUUUGGCCAGAUGACCAAUUAAAAAUAACCUUUCUUCAUCCUCACAAAAGUUUUGAAAUUGUUUAAAAUUUUAAUUUGGAGCUUAUCUCAAGGGAGAUAAGAAGAACAUUCCCACAUGUGAUAACCUGUUAAGUGCAGGGAGUAGUAUAGCUAACUAACAUUGGAGGCAGGAAUAAUUCAUAAUUUUUUGAGGUACAAGGUCUGAUUCACAAGCAGGUUUGGAAGGAGUUAGGGAACUUGAUGCAAAGUACAUAAAGGGGGAUUUAAACGUACUUUUUUUCUUUUUAUUUCUGAUCAUGAAUUAAAUUUACUGGGUAAAACUGUGUGAGGACUUUCAUUUUAAUCUAUUUUUAUUAAACUUACUCCAGUAGGAGUGCCACUGAUUAUGUACAGAACUGUACAAACAUGAUCUUGCCUCUGAUGUAUUUUGUGAGUUUUGUUUCUUUGCUUUUUUCAUUCCACUGUUUUUCCUUGCAUACAAGUACGCAUAUAAAAAUGGCAACAAACUGCACAUGAUUUAACACAUAUAAAAAUGUCUUAAAAAGUAUUGCCAAACAUUAAUGUUGAUUUCUAGUUAUUUAUUUUGGGAAUGUAUAGUAUUUGAAAACAGAAAUUGGUACCUUGCACACAUCAUCUGUAAACUGUUUGGUUUAAAAUACUGUAGAUAAUUAACCAAGGUAGACUGACCUUGUAAUGUAACCGCUCUUGGGCAAUAUUCUCUGUACAUAUUAGCUACAACAGAUUGGAUUUUAUGUUGACAUUUGUUUGGUUAUAGUGCAAUAUAUUUUGUAUGCAAGCAGUUUCAAUAAAGUUUGAUCUUCCUCUGCUAA